AUGGGUAACGUCGCGGCAGCUUCAGCACCUCCUCCACCGCCAAUCUCGGUCCUCGCACCACCCGAAAUUCCUAAGGAUUCCCUAAGUUCCGUAAGUGUUUCCGAAGAUGACCAAAAAUUACAAAACCCCGGUACUGUUGAAGAACUUCACAAACUUUGCAAAGAUGUGAUGCCGGUUAACUUUGAAGGUGCUAAGCUGAUGAUCAGCAAAACACUUAGUAAUCACUUCCAAGUAUCACACACAUUCGGAGCAACGUAUGUUGGAACAAGCCAAAUUUCACCAACAGAAGCUUACCCAGUAAUCCUAGGUGACAUUGAACCCAGUGGAAAUAUGAAUGCUAAUUUGGUGCAUCAAUUUAACCAGCACAUAAAAACGAAAGUCGCUACCCAAAUACAAAGAAGUAAAUUCACAGCUAUGCAAAUGACAACGGAUUAUCGCGGCGAUACAUUCACAUCAUCACUCACAGUUGCUAAUCCUGAUAUUCUCAAUGGCUCUGGAGUCAUGGUUGCUCAUUAUUUACAAAACGUAACACCUAAGCUCGCUCUUGGUGGUGAGCUUGCUUACCAACGUGGCUACGGUAUACCUGGUGGUUCCAUUACUGUUGGUUCUCUGGUUGGUCGGUACUCUAUCGCCGAGUCUACUGUUAGUGCCAGUGUUGGAUUAGCUAGUUGUCAUUUAUGUUAUCAUCAUCGUGCCAGUCCGACAUUACAAAUAGGUGUUGAAUUAGAAGUUAAUGGAAGAAUACAGGAAUCAACAGCAACUAUUGCGUAUCAAGUUGACUUACCAAAGGCGGAUAUUGUUUUUAAAGGGAGUGUUGAUUCAAACUGGACAGUUGGUGCAGUACUUGAGAAAAAGUUACAACCAUUACCUUUUUCAUUUGCACUGAGUGGUCUUCUUAAUCACACCAAAGGGCAUUUCCAACUAGGAUGCGGUCUGGUCAUUGGUUAA